GGAAAAAGGGAGGAGGAGGAGGGAGGAUGGAGAAGGAAAGGGGACAUUACAGGGCUUACGAGGGCUUCAAGCCCGCGAACAACGGCAAUACGUCGUCGUUGAAGAGGUCCGCGACGGCGACGGUGGACCGCUCGAAAACGCACCCGUCGAGGCAAGUGAGGUGCCUUUGCUUCGGCGGGGUGCCGGACAAGGCGAGCCACCACUCGUUUCUCAAGGGCUGCGUUAUAAACCUCGGCAUAUGCGCCCUCCUCGUGGCCUACACCCUGCUGGGCAGCUUCAUCUUCCUUGCCAUCGAGNCUCUCUCUCUCUCUCUCUCCGAGUCAAUCGACGAUCUUAACGCGGGAUUAACUUUAAAUCCCGAAGGGCGUUGGUUGAAGGUCGGGCACGAGGCAAGGGCGAAGACGGUGGAGAAUAUAUGGAUAAUCACGGAGAGUUUGAAUAUCCUUUACCGGGAGAAUUGGACGAGGUUGGCCGCCCAGGAAAUCGCGCGUUUCCAGGAUCAAUUGGUGAAAAGGAUCACGGAGGACGUGAUCGCGACCCAAAACGGGGGGACGCAAGCAGGCGGCUCGGCCACGGAUCCCGUCACGGAACGACGGAUCCCGGAAUACGAGUGGAACUUCGCCAAGGCGUUUCUGUACUCUCUCACCGUGUUGACGACCAUCGGUUGCGGUAGCAUCGCGCCAAAAUCCACAUGGGGUAAGAUCGCAACGACGGGCUACGCCAGUCUCGGCAUCCCCUUAACCUUGGUCUAUUUAUCGAGCGCCGGAGGUCUUUUAUCCAGGUGCGCGAGAGGUGUGUUCACGCGUGCUCUUUGCUGCUGCCUUUGUUCAAAUUGCGGCUAUUGUUGCUACGACGAAAGACGGAUGGAGGAAAAAGAAAGACGGAUGAGAAAGAAAAGGCAGCAAGAGGAGUUGGCGCAGCAACAGCAAUUGCAGUUGCAGGAACCGUUUUACGUCCGCGCGAACGCGUCAACUUUCACGAGCACGGUGGAAAUGAAGAGCAGCCCGAAGGACGAGGUGUCGAGCCUCGGUUCUGGCGACAGACCCAACGUUACUAUACUCGCGCCGAUCAGUAUUUGCCUUGGCGCGAUGCUUUGCUACAUCGUAGCGGGCGCGUUUACUCUGCACAAGUUAGACGGCUGGUCCUUUGUGGAUGCGAGUUACUUCUGCUUCAUGAGCCUGAGCACGAUCGGGUUCGGUGAUAUGGUUCCCGGUUCCUAUCCCCGCCACACCCUUUACGAAUCGAGGAACGUGACCAUUUGGUUCUGCUCCUUCUACAUAAUGUCUGGGAUGGCGCUCACGGCGAUGUGCUUCAACAUUCUCCACGACGAGAUCGUUCACAGGCUUAGCCAUCAGACGGAGAAACAGGAAACGGUGAAGGCAAGCCCGAGCGUGGACGAGCUCUCCACCGAUCCCCUCACCCUUACCUCGUGACAAUUUCCGUCUGGCAACUUGUGCCACAGGAACGGCACCGACGAAAACGAUAUAUGCGGAACGGAACCACCGACCAGUUUGUUCGCCCACGAGAACGAGAUCAAUAUCCUCAAGGACACUUUUAAUCAGGUGGACGUAACUAGGGACUGCAAGCCGAUUUUGAAACUCGAGGAUCACGUCCCGCCGAUUCCUGGUGUUUACAUGUUGCCAAAGGUCGACGAGGAGACCGAGGAAAACACAGAAAUGUGAAACGAAAUUUCUCUCUUCGUCUCUCGGACGAGCGGAUCUUUUCUUGAUAAGAAGUAACCAAAGUAAACCUGUCCAACAGGUUUGUUCCAAAGAACAACACGUUUUGCGUUUCCAGGUGGGAAACGCGAACGUGUUUCGAAUCGAUAGCUACUCUUCAUACGUCGUACAUAUAUACAUAUAUAUAUAUAUAUUAUAAAUAGAAAAUUAAUCAUCGCAGUGAGAUAGUGUACGCUUCGACGAAUCGUGGACGAAAUUGUGGACGAAAAAAUAUUUUUUGAUUCGAUUCACGAUUAACACUGAUUUUUAAAAAAUCGACGAAUUUUAUGUGAUUUUAUAUAUUUUUUUCUUUUCUUUUUUUUUUUCUUUUUUUUUUUUCUGUGAACAAGAACCUAUGGGAAUUCUUCGGAAUCUAAAAACGGGUUUCGUAUAAAUAUAUUCGUUCGAAGAAUAGAUGGUAUCGUUUAGCGAUCGAUGGACUGUCUUCGCGUAGAGAAGUUACCGACAGAUCUAACCGAUGCAAACAAGUAUUUAUGCGUACGAGGUACGACAUAAAUGAGACAUACUUUCGUCGUAUACGAGGGAUGCAUCAACUUCAAAGAAAGUACGCUACUAUGUUCCGUUGGAACGUCGUUUCCAAUAUAUUAACGAAUAAAUAUUUUAUAUUAUGUUUGAAACAAAUGUUCAAAUUAAAAUUAUAUAUGUUUAUUUAUUUAUUUUCUACUAGUAAAUAUAUACACACAUAUAUUAUUUCUAAUAUUGUCAAUUAUAAAAAUCAAUAUUGGAUCGAAAUAUGGACCGUUAUUUAUUAAAUUUUACUCGAUUUAAUAAACAAAUCGAAUGAAAUAAUGAUAAAUAAACACGGUCCAACUCGGCGAUAUCACGUUAAUAAAGACGGUAAUUACAUUACCGGCAAGUUCUAAAUAAGAUUUUCCUCUUAGGAUGUGUCUCCUAAAUGUUCUACGAAGUUUCUAAACUUCCUGUAGAUGUUUCUACGUUAAUCCUGGUUUACUUUUGAUGAACAUUUGUUUCCGUAUUAAUAAAAUACGAAAUUCGUGUUUUUGUCUAAACAGGAAUUUGAAUAUAUACAUAUAUAUAUAUUUUAAUUUUUU